ACAGUAAUGUGCCUUUGUGUCAAAAAUUGUCCAUACAUAUUAAACUGUUUUCGGCUGGACAUUUAAACCUGCAUUUUUCGGAUAUCUAUUCCAAUCAAAGGUGGUUUAAUUUAAUAUCGUAAACAAAACACGAAGAGUUAAAUAAAUGUAAAUUUAAAAUAACACAUUUAACGUAUAAACAAAGUAUAACUUGGUGUAGGUUCUGUGCCAGCAGGAGAGAACUAUCGACAAAAGAGGGAACACGUCCAUAACUAUUGAAAUGAAUGACAAAACGUGUAAAGGUGAAAAAAAGGCUAACCAGCGCGAGGUGACCAAUGAGUUUACGAAUACUUCUUCCAGUCUGAAGGAAAAGGUCAUGCGUCCAUCUGACAUUCGCUUUUGUCAAGAAUCCGUGUCGAACAAGUUCAGAGACGGGACGCGUUUCGUUGAGCUUGAGGACGACAUCGCCGCUGGCAGACGUACCGUUCAGUCGAUUCCGCCGAUAGAAAUCGCUCGUUACAAAGGAAAAUGGUACUCCCUAGACAACCGACGCCUCCGGGUUUUCAAAAAGCUUGAGCGUAAGGGGCUCUUGGACGAGAUACGCGUGAAAGUGGUCGAGAACAUACCCGAGUGGAAAUUAACGACAACAAAUAAAGGGACCUCGGUAGAGAUAAGAAGAGUGAAGCGUUUUGGUACGAAUUUACCAGCAAAUAAAUAUAAACAGAAACGCUCGAAAAAAAAUAAAAAUAAGUGGCUUGAUUCAUGUGCUGGCGAGAGAAGACCAAGUGAAUGUGACACUGUCGAACCCCCUUCGAGAAGUCUAAAACAGGAAGUGGCGUUAGAAAGUGGUAAUUUACCACCAGAUGACGCCGGAUGGGAAACCUUAGACGACACUAUUGACAGCAUUGAUGGUCCGGUUCUAAAUGAGUGUUUUAUCGCAGACGACAAUAUAGCGUCCAUUGAUGAUCCAGUUCUUAAUGACACUCGUUUAAAACUAGCGUCUUUGAAUUUGCAAGCAACAGUAAAUGCACGUAAACGCUGCAAGAAAAAUACAAAGUUGUCUGGUUCAUGUGCUGGCGAGAGUAGACAAAUUGAAUGUAACUCUUUAGAAGGUAUGAAACUCACUUCGAGAAGUCUCAAACAGGAAAAUGAAUUAAACACCGGUAAGUUACCGCCAUGUGAGGACGAAUGGGAAAAUGAAGACGACUGUGAUGACUCAGUUCUAUAUGAAUCUGAUUCCGAGAUUUAUGACGCCGACUCGGAACCCUCAAACAACAUUGAGGCGUCCACUGAUGAUCCAGUUCUAAAUCAAUCUUAUUCCUUGGUAAAUCAGGAUGACGCAGAAUGGGAACCCUCAAACGACACCAUGAUGCCCACCUAUGGUAACUUGUAAGAAUUUCUAAGCAACUACAUGUAAACGUAAACUUAAUCGCUCCAAGUAAUAUAAACUGUUGUCUCGUUCAUCUGCUGACGAGAGAGAACGAAGUGAAUGUGACACUGAAGAAGGUAUGGAGCUUCCUCCGAGAAGUUUAAAAAAAGAAGUGGCGUUAAAAAGCGUUAAUUUAACGCCAGAUGACGGUGAAUGGAACUCUUUAGACGACAUUAUUGCGUCCAGUCACGAUCCGGUUGUAAAUUGUUGUUAUUUCGAGUUAUAUCGCUUCGACACGAAACCAAUUUCCGGUAAACACGCCCCUAGCGACUUCGACUGGUUUGAUAAUUUCGCCGAUACGCACGACUAGUUGCCACCUAUUGUCGCAACAAGUGACUGUGUUUAGAUGACCCACAAUAAAAUGCUUUUUUCCUCAGGAUAAAAUCUGCGGUCGUGAACUUUCUUCGCACAAUUUUAACAUUCAAUAUUU